CCUCUAGUCGGCUAGGAGUCUACUUCAGACAGACGGUGCUCACAAGCACCUUGGAACUCUGUCAGUAACAGGUGAGACAGACAGCAUCUAUUGACUUGUUGCCUUAUAGGAUAGCCCUACACAGAUGAAGGAUUUACUAUACACAGUAAGAAUUGAUACCGAAUGGAAUUUGAAAAACAAAAUGAAGUUUGGAUUGAUUCAGAUUAUGAGGAAGAGGAAACAGGUGAUUCCUCUGAUUGGCUGCAUGGCAUUGUCUACUGCUGGAGCCAUCUUUGCCUCCCUCUACUUCCUAUUUACAAAGAAUGAUGUCAUUUUAAAUAAAAGUAGAAUCCCUGAACCCUGGGAGGGAGUGGACCCAUCUAAACCACAGAAGCUGGCCACUAUCAACCAGAAGUGGAGGCCGAUUGAAGAACUGGAACAGGUGAAGAGCAUGACCAAGUGAUCUCGCACGUGCGGGCUCUCUCUCUCUCUUUCUCUCUCUCUCUCUCUUUCUCUCUCUCUCUCUCUCCACCACUCCCUUUCCCUUUCCCCUCCCCCUCCAUCCUGAUUGGGAGCCCACCAAGUUGCCUGCCUCCCCUUCCAUCAGUCGAGCGGAAUCAUUUCGACACAAACUAAAUUCUCUAAUACUGCACAAUAGCUGACUAUAAGUGUGACCAAAGCUAUUUGUUUGUGAAACAUAAUGUAUGUGUGAGGGUGAAAUAAGUGGGCAUGGGCAUGGCUUGUGUUAUUAAUGAUUCAUGAGGAGUGUGUGCCUGUGUGAUCCAAUCUAAAGCAAUGGCUGUAGGAUGACAAUGCCACCAUCAGAAAAAUUGCUUUAAAAAAGGUGGUCUUUCCAGCUAAAUAUAUUGUACUAUAAUAAUGCACUGAUAGUUCCUUCAGAAAGUAUUCAUACCCCUUGACUUAAGCAACAUUUUGUUGUCUUACAGCCUGAAUUAAAAAUGUAAAUGAAUAACUUCACCAUGCCCAAACAGGUAUUCAAUGUCUGCGUUUUUCAUUUUUACCCAUCUAUGUCCUUAUUUGCGAGGCUUUGAAAAACCUCCCUGGUCUUUGAGGUUGUAUCUAUUUUUGAAAUUCAGUGCUUGGGACCCAGAUAAUUGUAUGUGUAGGGUACAGAAAAUCAUGUUUAACAAUAUUAUUGCACACAGUGAGUCCAUGCAACUUAUUAUGUGAAUUGUUUAGCAAAUUUCAGCUUUUCAUGUUUUAUCAUUUGUAAAAAUUUCAUACAACAAAAUUCCACUUUAAAAUGAUAUGUGUGUAGGCCAGUGACAAAAAAUAUAUACUCUUGAUACAUUUUAAAUUCAGCCUGUAACACAACAAAAUGUGGAGAAAGUUAAGGGGUGUGAAUACCUUCUGAAGGCACUGUAUUAUCUCAUUAUAAAAUCAUUGUUUAAAACAACUAUGACCAAUGAUCUGAUCUAUGACCCCUAAAAUGCCGAUACUGCACUCUGCCUUUGUAUGACCUUCAACAACUAAACUCAUCAAAAAAGAAACUUCAUCUCACUAUUCAACUGCGUUUAUUUUCAGCAAACUUGACAUGUGUAAAUAUUUGUAUGAACACAGCAAGAUUCAACAACUCAGACAUAAACUGAACAAGUUCCACAGACAGAAAUUCAACAAUGUGUCCAUAAACAAGGGGGGGGUCAGAAUCAAAAGUAAUAGUCUGUGUCUGGUGCAUUAAGUACUACAGUGCACCUCCUCUUCAUGGACUGCACAAGAUUUGCUAGUUCUUGCUGUGACAUGUUACCCCACUUUUCCACCAAGGCACCUGCAAGUUCCCGGACAUUUCUGGGGGGAAUGGCCCUAACCCUCACCCUCCGAUCCAACAGGUCCCAGACGUGAGAUCCAGGCUCUUCGCUGGCCAUGGCAGAACACUGACAUUCCUGUCUUGCAGGAAAUCACGCACAGAACGAGCAGUAUGGCUGGUGGCAUUGUCAUGCUCAAAUCAAAUCAAAUUUUAUUUUCUGGAGGGUCAUGUCAGGAUGAGCCUGCAGGAAGGGUAACACAUGAGGGAGGAGGAUGUCUUCCCUGUAACACACAGCAUUGAGAUUGCCUGCAAUGACAACAAGCUCAGUCCGAUGAUGCUGUGACACACCGCCCCAGACCAUGACAGACCCUCCACCUCCAAAUCAAUCCCACUCCAGAGUACAGGCCUCGGUGUAACACUCAUUCCUUCGACGAUAAACGUGAAUCCGACCGUCACCCCUGGUGAGACAUAACCUCGACUCGUCAGUGAAGAGCACUUUUUGACAGUCCUGUCCGGUCUAGCGACGGUGGGUUUGUGCAACGUUGUUGCCGGUGACCUGCCUUACAACAGGCCUACAAGCCCUCAGUCCAGCCUCUCUCAGCCUAUUGUGGACAGUCUGAGCAAUGAUGGAGGGAUUGUUCGUUCCUGGUGUAACUCGGGCAGUUGUUGUUGCCAUCCUGUACCUGUUCUGCAGGUGUGAUGUUUCGGAUGUACGAUCCUGUGCAGGUGUUGUUACACGUGGUCUGCCACUGCGAGGACGAUCAGCUGUCCGUCCUGUCUCCUUGUAGCGCUAUCUUAGGCGUCUCACAGUACGGACACUGCAAUUUAUUGCCUUGGCCACAUCUGCAGUCCUCAGUCCCCGAGUGUCCUAAGUUUUCAUAACUGUGACCUUAAUUGCCUACCAUCUGUAAGCUGUUAGUGUCUUAACAACCGUUCCACAGGUGCAUGUUCAUUCAUUGUUUAUGGUUCAUUGAACAAGCAUGGGAAACAGUGUUUAAACCCUUUACAAUGAAGAUCUGUGAAGUUAUUUUGGAUUUUUAUGAAUUAUCUUUGAAAGUGCAGGGUCCUGAAAAGGGGACGUUUCUUUUUUUGCUGAGUUUAUAUUAGUAAUGCAAAAGCAAAGUGCACUAUCUAAAAUCUAAAUGUGUUUAUCCAACUUUCUCGGCUUUCUCAUAGUGUGUGUGUGUGUAAGGGCGUCAUGAUUGGGAUAACCUAAACUCAGGGCCCGAUAGAAUAUCAAGGCAAACCACAGUAACUUCAGUGAAAACAUGGUAGAACAAAGCCAGAGUGCAUUUAGUUACUUCAUUUACUGCUUUUUGCCUUGGUUUUUACUUGGAUUUUGUAGUUACAGCAAAUUUGACACAAGAUAAACCGAUACUACAAAGCCUGAUUUCAAUUUUAACUCAAUUUUGACCAAACGUGUAGUUACUGCUCUUUUCAAUUGUAAUGUUUUUUUGUCCAUUGUGUAUUUCCGUUUGCGGAAUGUUUAGAUAAAGCCUUGAAUAAAAGAAAAAGGGACACCUAGCA